AUGGCCUGGGGGGUUGAGCUACUGCUGGCGGGGAAAGCGGGAUGGGUUUGCAUGGGAGUCCCAGACUGCCAGGAUAGCAUAAGCCACAGAGGCGCGGAGAUUGGAGAGAGGAGAGCAGAGAGCCCAGGGACGGCGGAAAGCGGGCAGGCGACUCACCGGGCGGUGGUCCGGCCGGCUCUGACUGCUGCCUCCCUCCUCGCCUCCUCUUCUUCCUUCCAUCGCUCUGUCUGCCCCCACCCCCUUCACCCCCUGCCACUCACUCUGCCCCAGCCAGUGCCAGCCGCCACCGCGAGCGUCUCUGUGCUGCCCCCAGGCACCGGGCACAGAGCACCUAGGAACCCCUCUACGGGCCAGCCAAGUUCUUCCUGGCAGCCGGACCAGCCCAACUUGCCGGGCUUCCAGGCUCGCUCCCAGCCCUCCCGGGGCCGCCCUCUGGCAGCAGCCAAGAUGACCCCGUGGCGCCUCGGCCUUUGGUGCGUCUCCUGCUGGCUGUCUGCACUCUGGCCGCUGCGCUCCUGUCUGCAGCUGCGGAAGGGCAUGCCCAAUGUGUGUGAGGAAGAAGUUCUAGAUAUUGUUGGACUUCCCCAACCCUGUAUGCAGCCUUUUACUCGUACUGUAAAGCUAUGGAAGCAAGGCUGUACCGGACCAAGACGGUGCAUGGAAUAUGUAAGAAGGACUGGCUACUACACUGUCUACAGACAGGUAUACAGCAGGCAGCAUCAGACAGUCUACAGGUGCUGUCCUGGCUGGAGUCGGCAUGAAGAUGAGCCUGGCUGUCUGCAUGCCCUCUGCUCAGCAGGUCCUUGUUUCAGUGGAGGCCGAUGUCCAGACGGGGAAGCCCAGGUGUGCCAGUGUUCUGUGGGGUUUCAGGGACCUCGAUGCCAAUAUGAUGUGAACGAAUGCGCCAUUGACAAUGGUGGCUGUCAGGACCAGUGCUGUAACACAAUUGGCAGCUAUUACUGCAAAUGCCAAGCUGGCCAGAAACUGAAAGAAGAUGGAAAAGGCUGCAAAGAUGUCGAUGAAUGUGCAGUGCUGAACGGAGGCUGCCAGCAGAGCUGCAUUAACACUGAGGGCUCCUUCUACUGUGAAUGUGAUAUGGGAUACAGACUCCAUGCUGAUGGACGCACCUGCAUAAUGAAGGACCCCUGCUCAGGCGGACACAGAGGAUGUUCCCAUAUCUGUCUAAAUGAGUAUGGCAUUGCCAGGUGUGCCUGCCACCCAGGGUACCAUCUGUCUGCAGACGAAAUGUCAUGCACAGACAUUGACGAGUGCACAGAAGGCAGUGCUCCCUGCGCCCACCGCUGCAUGAACUCCGUGGGAUCUUUCACCUGCACCUGUAACCCUGGCUUUGAACUUGGUGCAGAUGGAAGACAGUGCUACCGGAUUGAAAUGGAAAUUGUCAAUAGCUGUGAGCCAAACAAUGGGGGCUGCUCUCAUCACUGUGAGCACUCAACUGGUGGGCCCCGUUGUUCUUGUAACCAUGGACACCGUCUUGAUGUGGAUGGAAAAACAUGCAAAGAUCUUGAUGAGUGUGAGAGUGGGCAAGCCUGCUGUUCCCAGUUCUGCAUCAACUAUUUGGGAGGUUAUGAAUGUGAUUGCAAGACAGGAUUUCAGCUCAGUCCUGAUGGGUGUGGAUGUGAUGAUGUGGAUGAGUGUCUGGAGGACAGAUCUGACUGUGACCAGCUCUGUGUUAAUUCUUUGGGAUCAUAUGAAUGUCUCUGUGAGGAAGGUUACCAAAUUGAUGGGAACAGAAAAACUUGUAUCCCUUUGGAGGAUGAUGAAUUAGAGGAGGAAGAAGAGGAGUUGGAAGUUGUGCGGUUCCCAGAUCUUCACUUCAGGAGAUCUGCUCAGCUGCUUAAUUAUGCUGUUGCCCUAAAUCCCAACUAUGAAGAUGAGGAUGAACCAGAGGAAAGAGAUAUUCGAGGAGAAUUCACUGUUUUACACAAAGUGGUCUGUUUAGAUGACACUUUUGGACCUGACUGCAGUUUUAGGUGUGAGGACUGUAUGAACGGAGGGAAAUGUAAUGAGGAGAAGAGCCUCUGUCUCUGCCCAGCUGGCUGGGGUGGCAUCCUCUGUAAUGAAACUUGUCCCCCAGGGACCUAUGGACAAGAGUGUAAUGGCAUCUGUAAGUGUCAAAAUGGAGGCUCCUGUGACCCUGUAACAGGCCAUUGUCAUUGUCCUCCUGGAGUUCAUGGGAUGAUCUGUGAGGAUGGAUGUCCUAAAGGAUUCUUUGGAAAGGACUGCAAAAAGAAAUGUAUAUGUGCCCACAGCAGCUAUUGCCACAGGGUCUAUGGAGUUUGUCUAUGUGACCCAGGACUCUAUGGUCGGUUCUGCCAUCUGACUUGUCCCAAGGGAGCCUAUGGAGCUGGCUGCUCUUCCGAAUGUCAGUGUAUGGAGGAGAACACCCUGGAAUGCAAUGCCAAAAAUGGUUCAUGCACCUGCAAAUCUGGUUACCAAGGCAACAGAUGCCAGGAAGAAAGCCUACCAAAUAUUUCUGGUCCUGGAGGCAGAUUGCCACAUACCUGCUCUGAAUUGCCCUGUGCCCAUACAGCUGGAGAAAGCCAGCAGCAAUGCCUACCAGGGUUCCCUUGAGACAAGUGCCAUUUAGGUUGCCAGGUAAACCCUGAAGGUGAAGGUUGCAGUCAAGUUUGUAACUGUCACAAUGGAGCCAGCUGUGAUCCUGGGACUGGACAAUGUAUCUGCACAUCUGGAUGGACAGGACCUACUUGCCAGGAAGGGUGCCCAGACGGCACUUAUGGUCCUUACUGCCAAAAGAUGUGUAAAUGCAUGAAUGGAGGCCAUUGUGACCCCCUACUUGGCACCUGUGAUUGCCCCCCUGGCUUCGCUGGCACAGACUGUGGUCAGGUUUGUCCCCAGGCAAGAUACGGCCACAAAUGUCAGCUAACCUGUGCCUGCAAAAAUGGUGCAAUUUGUGAUCCUGUGGUUGGAAAAUGUACCUGUGGACUUGGCUGGACAGGCAAUUACUGUGAGGAAGCAUGCCUUCCUGGUACAUACGGUCCAAGCUGCCAUUUGAAGUGCUCUUGUCAGAACAAUGGAACUUGCAGUAGGUUUACUGGCUUCUGUCAGUGUCCAGAGGGUUACUAUGGGCACAGCUGUGAACACCAGUGUCCCCCUGGAUUUUAUGGCUUGGACUGUGCUCACCCAUGUGAUUGCAGAAAUGGAGCCAGGUGUGAUGCUGAGAAUGGCACAUGCAUCUGUCCCCCAGGUUACCAUGGCAGCCAGUGUGGAAAAGGGUGUCCAUCUGGAACAUUCGGAGACAGGUGCCAACAGCUUUGUGACUGUGAAGGAGCAGGACCUUGCCAUCCUGUCACUGGGAAAUGUAUUUGUUCCCCUGGAAGAACUGGAGACAGAUGUGAUGUUGAAUGCAGAUCAGAUCGGUAUGGGCCCAAUUGCUCUCUGCAGUGCCAAUGUUCCCCAGGAUCCCAAUGCAACCCUCAGAAUGGGAAGUGUGCAUGCCCCUUGCAGAGGACAGGACCAACAUGUGAAGAGAGAGGCUCAGAGAAGAAACAGUAG